AUGGCCAGCCAGCGCUGCCUCCCCGGAGCCCGGCGCCCCUCCGCCUGGAAGCCCCUGACGACGCACUUGCGAGAUGUCCGCGUGGGCAUCUGCGUGGCCAUCCGGCGCAGCGACGGGCGGAUCCACCUCGCUGAGGUCACAGAGUUCAGAAGAGAAAACACUUGGGUCACGGUAGAGUGGGUCGAAAAGGGAGUUAAAAAAGGCAAGAAGAUUGACCUAGAGACUAUAUUCCUGCUGAAUCCGGCGCUGGCCUCCGCUCCACGCGCCGCGCCGUCCAGGUCCUGGUCGUCCGGGUCCGUGUCUCUCGCGCCCUCUUCGGCCGUCGGGGACCAACGCGCGUCCACGCGGUGGAUUGCAAGGAUCCCCCCGAAAAACAAAACACCCUCAGGGGACAGCCUGGCCGUGAAAGUCCCCGGCAAUCCUUGCCUGGUGAGAUGGAAAAAAUCUCCGUGCCUCCGGGAAAUCGAGAAACUGCAAAAGCAGCGGGAAACCCGCAGGCGGCUGCAGCUGGACGCGCGAGCCCAGCGCACCCUGGACGCCCACGCGGGGAACACCGACCUCGAGGUCAGGCGCAUGAUCGAGGAGUACCGCAGGCACCUGGACGGCAGCCAGCUGUCCGGCCUGGAGCCGCGGGGGGACCAUCGGAUCUGCGUGUGCGUGAGGAAGCGGCCCCUCAACCAGCAAGAGGCCACCAGGAAGGACCUGGACAUCAUCACCAUCCCCUCGGACAAGGUGGUCAUGGUGCACGAGUUCAAGCAGAAGGUGGACCUCACUCGUUACCUGGAGAACCAGACCUUCUGCUUCGACCGCGCUUUCGACGACAGGGCCUCCAACGAGCUCGUGUACCAGUUCAGCGCGCGGCCGCUGGUGGAGCGCAUCUUCCGCAAGGGCAUGGCCACCUGCUUCGCCUACGGGCAGACGGGCAGCGGGAAGACGCACACCAUGGGCGGGGCCUUUUCGGGGGAGCCCCGAGAUCGCUCCAAAGGCAUUUACGCGCUGGUGGCGCAGGACGUCUUCCUCCUGCUCCAGACCUCAGCUUAUCAGAAGCUGGACCUCCAAGUCUACGGCACCUUCUUUGAGAUUUACGGGGGCAAGGUCUAUGACCUGUUGAACUGGAAGAAGCAGCUGCAGGUCCUGGAGGACGGCCAUCAGCGAGUGCAGGUGGUCGGGCUGCGGGAGCAGGAGGUGUGCUGCGUGGAGGACCUGCUGCGCCUGGUGGAGCGGGGCAAGAGCUGCCGCACGUCGGGGCAGACGUCGGUCAACACGCACUCGUCCCGGAGCCACGCCGUGCUGCAGAUCAUCCUGAAGUCGCGAGGGAACCUGCACGGCAAGUUUUCCCUUGUUGACUUAGCGGGGAACGAGAGGGGAGCGGACACCGCCAAGGCCAACAGGAAAAGGCAGCUGGAAGGGGCGGACAUCAACAAGAGCCUCCUUGCGCUCAAGGAGUGCAUCCGGGCGCUGGGGCGCAACAAGCCCCACACCCCGUUCCGAGCCAGCAAGCUCACCCAGGUGCUGCGGGACUCCUUCAUCGGCCACAACUCCUCCACGUGCAUGAUUGCCACCAUCUCUCCGGGGAUGUCCUCCUGUGAGAACACCCUCAACACUCUGAGAUACGCAAAUAGGGUGAAAGAGUUGACUCUCGAUUUCAGGCCCCACCAUCCUUGUCUCUCUCCGGCUGGAUGCCAGGUGCCAAAGACGCUGGAGAACCCCAUUAGAAAUUCGGAAGUGUCCCUGCAGGGGGAUGACUCUGUGCAAAUACCACCUACCCAGAGCGAGAAGGAGGAAGAGCCUAGAGAAAUGGAAACAUCCUCUCCGUUACUGGAGGCCGCCCCGGCUUCCUGGGAGGAACCCGGCCAGUGGAGGCAGGAGGACAUCCAGGAGACAGCUUACCGGGUAGACUAUGACGUUCAUUUUUGCAUCGUCCAGCUAUUGUCCACCUUGGAGCAGAAAAUCGGUAUUCUGACUGAACUGCAAAAGAAACUGAAAUCAUUACGAGCUGACCUGCAACAGAAGAGAAAGGUAGAGUGA